CAGAAACUCAUAUUCUUCGAUUUAUGGUUCAGUCUUCCAUCAUACUAGCUUAUUUGAAAUCCAGCCGGCGUUAUCCACGGUGGAGGUGCGACUCAUGAGAUUCUUGGAAGCUAUGCAAAAGGAGGUCACAAUCUGAUGGUCGUGGACAUGUUUCUCCUCAACAAUAAGACGACCCUCAUACCCACCGCCGUCAACUUACACCGUCUCAUCACAACUUACCAGCAUCCUUUAAGAGAUAACCGAGCCGGUUCUAUCAAUUCCUGAAGAAUGCUUCGGGUUCUCUAAUCACAGUGAGCUACUUAGGCUUGCCAACAUAAUCACCCAACUUCCUGACCUUAUCGGUGAGCAAUCAGCUGUGAGUAGUAUUGUGAGUGAUCCUACACAAGAAAAACAUUGUGUCAUGACCGAAGAGCUACAACUGCUCCCACUUAUGAUGAUGUUGCAACAAGCAAUAACCCCAUGAUUUUUGGAGGUCCUCUGUCAUGUUUCAUAGCAACGAUUAAAAUCAAUAGUGAUGUUUCUGUGACUUUGAGUUUGUUCGACUCACAAGCUGUAUCGUUUCACAAACUCCUAGAUGGCUUCCGUAUUGAUCCAAGAGUUGCUGCAACAAGCAUAAACCCCAAAAUCUUUGAUUCUCAUGUUCCUUACCUCAAUGUUUCACAGACUAUAGUCUGGACCAGCAAAGUUGCAGACAUUGAAAUCACAAACGGGUGAUGCUACAUAUAUAAAUGUUGGCCAAAUAAUGAACAAGCUCACAAAACUCUUUCUAAGUACAGUAUGAUACUCUUUGUAGCUAUUACUCUGGCAUAUUAGUAGUUUGGUAUGUAAAAGAUUAUUCAAAAACUAAAUCCAAGAUCAUAAACUCAAAUACAUCUUAGUUUGUACACAUGUACACCUUUGUAAACAAACUUU